CCGCGGAAGCGAGACCCGAGUGGAAACGCUUUCCUCGUUAAACUCUUCUUCGCUUCACUCCCAAGUCCGCUCCGCUCCUGACCACAAAAUCGUUGUGUAAACAGAUGGUCUGUAAGACAGGUUGCAGUCGCUGCCAUCGGAUGGUUCAGGCGGGAUACUAUCAAGUAUCUCCGGCCUUAUUUAAGAGGACAUUGUCAGCGUUAUAUGUGGAGGUGUUCGUUUAAAAGCAAACCUAACAUACGGGUUCUUCAGGGAAAGCUCGGCUAACUUGUUAGCUUAACACUGUUAGCAGACGUGCUGUGCGUGAUAUUCCAGUUUUCUUACUUUCUUUUAAAACUCUCAGCUACGACGUCUGAGCCAGACUUCCAAACUCGAGUGGAUAUUAUGUUCUUAGCAGGCGUUUGUGAAAAUAAAUGGGUGAGUUACCAAGUUUAGUUAGUCUGGUUGCGGUGAGAGUGUAUGCAGGAGGCCUCAGACACAUCUGCAGGACAUAUUUAGUCUAAAACACAAUUUACCAGUCUGAAAUACUCCUCUGGGCUCAGUAUAUAAGACACAUGAUCCGCUGGUGUGCCAAAUGCUCUAAAGCUUUAACAGUUUGCAAGCUCGCUGGGUCAUGACAUGGUAGGAGGGGAAGGAGCCUUGCCCACCAACAUCCUUACAGUUUCACCAUCUUUGGGCCGUUUUUGUGGUGAUCUCUUAAGGUCAGUGCAGUUUAGUUGCAGCAGGAUCAUCAUCAGUGUGUGCUGAUGCUGUGUGACCCGCCUGAUCAUCUCAAUCUGCGCACAUUGCUGGCUGCUUGACCUCAGCUGGUCUUUCUCCUUGUCAAGUCACUGAACAACGACCAUCAUGUCCGACAACCAGGGCAAUGUGAACAACAACAACGUCCCACUGAACAACAACCGGAUCCGGAACCCAGCGAUGAACCAGAACCCCCUGAUCAACGUGAGAGACCGACUCUUCCACGCCUUGUUCUUUAAGAUGGCAGUCACAUAUGCCAGACUCUUCCCACCAUCCUUCAGACGAAUGUUCGAGUUCCUCGUGUUGUUGAAGGCAUUGUUUAUGCUCUUCAUCCUGGCCUACAUCCACAUUGCCUUCUCACGCUCUCCAAUCAACUGUCUGGAGCACGUGCGAGAGAAAUGGCCCCGCGACGGCAUCCUGCGCGUGGAGAUCCAGCGCAACUCCAGCCGCGCGCCCAUCUUUCUGCAGUUCUACGAGACGGAGGGAAUCCAGGGCCUCAUGAAAGAACCAGAGGAGGACGGAAGUGAACCCAGACAGCCAAUGGUGCCCACAGACGCUGAGGAGGAGGAAGAGAUGACCAUGGAGAUGUUUGACAACAGCACAGUACGGUUUGAGCUGGACAUCGAGCCACGUCUGAAUCCGUCGAUGAGUGGCGGUGUUCCUGGCUCCAGCCUGAAUGAAUCCCAGGAUCUGUCCUUCAGCCAGGCGUCCUCUAAAGUGUGGCCACAAGAAGAGUAUAUUGUCGAAUAUUCUUUGGAAUAUGGAUUCCUGCGCCUGUCCCAGGCCACACGGCAGCGACUCAACAUCCCUGUUAUGGUGGUGACCCUGGACCCCAUGAAGGAUGAGUGCUUUGGAGACGGUUUCAGCCGCUUCCUCCUGGAUGAAUGCCUGGGCUAUGACGAUAUCCUGAUGUCCAGUGUGAAGGCUUUAGCAGAGAACGAGGAAAACAAAGGGUUUCUGAGGAACGUGGUCUCUGGAGAACACUACCGUUUUGUCAGUAUGUGGAUGGCUCGUACGUCCUACCUGGCAGCCUUUGUAAUCAUGGUUAUCUUUACUUUGUCCGUGUCCAUGCUGCUGCGGUACUCGCACCACCAGAUUUUCGUCUUUAUAGUGGACCUUCUCCAGAUGUUGGAGAUGAAUAUGACCAUUGCCUUCCCUGCUGCCCCUCUCCUCACUGUCAUCCUGGCUCUUGUUGGGAUGGAGGCCAUCAUGUCUGAGUUUUUCAAUGACACAACCACUGCCUUUUACAUCAUCCUCAUUGUUUGGUUGGCGGACCAAUACGAUGCCAUCUGCUGCCACACCAAUACAAGCAAGCGCCACUGGCUCAGGUUCUUUUAUCUGUAUCACUUUGCCUUCUAUGCAUAUCAUUACCGCUUUAAUGGCCAGUACAGCAGUUUGGCUUUGGUCACUUCCUGGCUCUUCGUUCAGCACUCAAUGAUCUAUUUUUUCCACCACUACGAGCUGCCGGCCAUCCUGCAGCAGAUCCGGAUCCAGGAGAUGCUGCUUCAGAACCAGCAGGUGGGUCAAGGAAACCAGACUGCAUUGCAGGACAAUCUCAACAACAACACUAGCAGUGCACAUGCUGGUCAAGCUAACGCAGCUGCUAACGUGAACACUAAUGGCCAGGACCGACAAGAUGCUCAGGACCAACCUCAGCUCGAAACCCACAAUGAUUUGGUGGUAAAUACUGGUCUGUCAAACUCCGACCUCGACUGGAUGGCUGAGAUCGCCAUUGGCCCAGACGUCCUGUCAGUUUCACAUUUGAGCGACUCUCUUUUGGAGUCAGGAGGGAUCCAGGAACCAACGUCGUCCAACGCAGGGGUAACGGAGCUGCGUGGUCGGAGCACAGCAGGAGAGAACCAAGUCAGAAACAUUAGCGCGGCAAGCGUUGCUGCGGGACGGGGUUGUGCUCAGGGUCUGGGUCCCCCUGGUGAUGGAGGAGGGCAGGCAGAAUCUGAAACGUCCUCUGCAGUGACCUCACACACAGACUCUAGAGUUGCAGAAACGCUUAAAGGUGCCACGGACUGGGAAGUCAAGACGGAGAGCAAAAGCGAGAGCUCGGACUCCCACUCUGCCCCGGCUUGAGUCAAGCUCCCCCAUUCAGAACGAAUGAAUUCACGCUCUACAGUCGCAACCCCUCUCUGUAAAUUAAUCCGGAAGGCAUCAAGGAGAAACCGUGAUGGGGCUAUAUAUAAUUACAUCCUGGAAACCUGUAACAUGAACAUGAGGAGGGCCGAAGCAGACUUCUGGUGUCUAGUCAUGUUCUUAAGAGUAAAUUCGUAUUGAAUUGUCAAAUGAUACCAUGUGUCAGGAUGUGAUCAUUGAAGUCUUUACAUGAUUUUUUUUUUUUUUACAUGGUUGAAAAUUUUAAUACAGGGAGUAUUCCGUUUAAAAUGUGAUGUAUCGCUCAAUGAUGGUACCUUCGUUGCUCCUGAUUAUGGAGUUACACAAUCUGAAUCCACAUUGUACUUUGCACAUCUUGUGCAAGGUUUGUUUCGGCUUUCUUUCCACUUCCUCUACUGAUAUAACAUUAAUGCUGCCUAAGCAGUGAAAAUUCAUUAAGUCACGUUAAAAUUGUUUUGGUCCCUACUACGUUUGUUCACUACAGCGAGCCACCAAAAUGUUCCUUAUGCGAUUUGAAGUCUCGCUCACGACCUGCCGUUGUAUUCAGGUUUGGUAUUGUCAUAUGUAUGGAGCAGUUUGACUCCUGAAUCCGAUGCUAUUAGUGGUCAGAAGUGCUUUGAUGUAGUUUAUUGGCGAGUCUGCCAGUCAAAAGAAGUAGACUGGUGAUGUCAGAGCAACAUUAUACUAAGAAUAAGUCCUCCUUCCACUCUGUCAUGAGGUAAUUUCUGUGUUUUCUAAACUUCAUCAAGAAACAUUUGUUUUUGUGGAUAGUUUAGAUGGACGUAUGUUGUCUUUUGCACACUCAUCAGCAAGUUGUUGGUUUUUCUUCAGGUGAAGACUGGCUUUGAGAGAGCGAGUGGAUAGAUUAUUGCCUUAUGCUUCUAAAACCGAACAAUGACCUUGUAUUUCCAUCUUUGGUCAUGUACAUUGGGGUCGAUAGCCUUACCAGAGGCUUCAAAGCCAGUAGAGAAAAUAAAAACUGAAGCAGGAAUGAACAUGUAGUUACUUAAGCAGACAUUUUUUGAAACCGCAGUAAGCAGAAGCUCAGACUGUACUCAUUUCACAGCAUUGCAGCCCAUCAGCUGAAGUCACUGAUCUGGAAAUCUGUUGUCUUUAAAUAUUCUGCUUUUGUAGAGGUUUCUCCAUAUGUUUGACUUGGGAUGAUCGGAGGGUGUCUACAGUACAGACUUGUUGAUCUUCAUGACCAUGUGUAAAAACGCACCGCAAACUAAGAGAACAAAGCAAACUGUUGUCUGUUGUGACAUAUGACUGUGGAUUGGGAGGGUCAUUUAAAGGCUAUGCAACAUGGCAAAUUAAAGCCAGGCUCUGUCUUUUACAUCUUUUUUUUUUUUUUUUUAAUUGUGCAAUAUUUUGUAAGGCUACGAUCCAUAAAGGAUUCGAGGUCUGAAAGAUUGAUUUAUUGUUUCAUGAUCAGUUUUGUGCCUAUUUGCCAUUGUCAGAGGAAACAGAUGAUUGUAGUGAUUGAAUGCAUUGUGUAGGAUGUCUAGACACAAACUGAAAAUAAUAAUUCUCAGUUCUGUGAUAAACUUGAUUUUGUCACUCAGAUGUAUUUAAUUGUAAUGUUUAAGAACUGCAUAAAGAGAUGAAAUUAAUUUCCACUUA